AUCAUCGUCUCUCAACCACACAAAUUAACGGCCAUCAUCUCUCUACCGUACACGCUGAAUUGGUUUUUCUUUUCUUCGUCUUCUGUGCAUUUCCUUUCAGGUAGGCUCAAGGGUGUCGGUGCAACUUAAGCUCACGGCAGUGACGAAACCACCCAGUAAAGCAGCAGUGAGGCUUCCUUUUCUUGGCUGAUUAUCGACCUUCGGCUGUCAUCCUCGCCGCUUUUGGCCUCAAAUCAGUUUGUCCAUAUCUUGCAGAUGUUUCGAUAAUGCAAUAUAUAUGUGAGGCUUUUAUCUCUGUUGGAUAUUCAAAGCCUGGACUAAGUGGUGGUGUGUUCAAAGUUCAUGUAAUAAGAUUCUGAUUUGGAAGCCUUUCUAAUUAAUAAGUGUUCAACAAAAUGGAGGCUCCUCUAUUGGAUGAGACGGUGGAGGGGGCAGUUGAUUACAAUGGCCACCCGGUCUGCAGAUUCAAUUCUGGCGGCUGGAGAUCCGCCUCCCUCAUCAUAGGGGUGGAGGUUGCGGAGAGAUUCGCCUUCUAUGGAGCUUCCUCCAAUUUGAUUAACUUCUUAACGGACCAGCUCCAGCAGUCGACUGCCAUGGCAGCCAAGAAUGUCAACAUCUGGUCUGGUACCGCAGCCUUGCUACCUCUACUCGGCGCCUUUCUAGCUGAUUGCUUCCUUGGACGAUACCGUACCAUUGUUCUUUCCUCUGCUCUUUAUGUUCUGGGCCUUGGGUUGUUGACCUUGUCUGCAGCAUUACCUUCUCUCGGCAUUUCUGCCUGCCAUGAGACUGAAAAAUUCCUGCCAUGCUCCCCGAAUCCCGUCCAAGUAAUUUUGUUUUUCUUCUCCUUAUAUCUGUUGGCAUUUGGUAAAGGGGGACACGAGCCUUGCAUCCAAGCUUUCGGAGCCGAUCAAUUUGAUGGACAGCAUCCAGAAGAGAGAAAAGCUAAAAGCUCUUUCUUCAAUUGGUGGUACUUGGGUAUCUCUUUGGCUUGCUUGUUAACUGUUAAUAUCAUGAGCUAUGUGCAAGAUAACCUCAGUUGGAGUCUUGGGUUUGGAAUUCCUUGUACUGCAAUGGUUUUUGGACUUGUAGUGUUCUUGCUUGGAACUAGGACGUACAGGUUCAGUAACAGAAGAGAUGAGGAAAACCCAUUUGUAAGAAUUGGACGGGUGUUUAUCACUGCAAUAAGAAAUUGGCAUGUAAACUCCUUAGAGAUAGCUCAUGAAGAGGAAAGUCAUGGCCUUUUGCCGCACCAUAACUCCAAACAGUUGAGGUUUCUCGACAAAGCUUUGAUUGUACCUAAUAGUUUAAAGGAAGAAUGUCGAGCAUGUAGCAUCAAUGAAGUUGAGGAAGCAAAAGCAGUGCUGAAGCUCGUUCCAAUUUGGGCAACAUGCUUAACAUAUGCUAUUGUAUUCUCCCAGUCGUCAACUUUCUUUAUAAAACAAGGAGUGACACUGGACAGAUCAAUAGUUGAUGGAUUUGAAGUACCAGCUGCUUCACUUCAAUCUUUUAUCAGUCUAGGUGUUGUCAUUUCCCUCGUAAUAUAUGAUCGCGUACUCAUUCCAACUGCAAGAAAGUUCACUCGAAAACCUUCUGGAAUUACAAUGCUACAAAGAAUUGGAUUUGGGAUGCUAUUAUCCAUCAUUUCCAUGGUUGUUGCUGCAUUAGUUGAGGGAAAAAGGCUCAAAACAGCUAAAGAAUAUGGCCUUGUUGAUCUACCAAAGGCGACUAUUCCUUUGAAUAUAUGGUGGUUGGUUCCUCAAUAUGUAUUAUUUGGAGUAGCCAGUACUUUCACCAUGGUUGGUUUGCAGGAGUUUUUCUAUGACCAAGUUCCAAGUGGAUUAAGAAGCAUUGGUGUCUCCUUGAACUUGAGUAUUUUUGGCACUGGUAGCUUUUUAAGCAGCUUUCUCGUCUUUGCCAUUGAAAAGUUAACUAGUGGGGAUGAGAAACAAAGCUGGUUUGACAAUAAUCUCAACAAAGCUCAUCUUGAUUACUUCUAUUGGUUGCUUGUUGGGCUUAGUGUUGUUGGGUUGGCUGCUUUCUUGUGUUUUGCAAGAACUUACAUCUAUAAUAAGGGGAAUACUACACAAGUAUAAUUUGGUAGAGUGUAUUUGGUUAGAGGAGUUGAGAAAUAGGAGUUGAAAAGUGAGAGCAGGAAACUACGUUCUUGUUCACUUUAAGAGGGUUUAUGGGUCAUACUACUAAAAAAAACAUAAAUUUAAUUUAUAAUCAACUAUUUCCGUCGUGAGUUCAAGAGUUUAUUAA